CCGAAACUUCUUGAUGCCCUUCUUUGCUUUUCUUGAUCCGAAUAAAUUUUCGAAUAUCGAUUUAAUCAUCCUGUUUGUCAUUCAUCAAAACAAAAAUAAUCCAAAAAAUAAUAAAGGGGUUUGAACUCAUGUCCAACACGGGAUGCCUUAGUCGUGAAGAUAGAGAUCAACGACGCCAUAGUACACCGCACCUUGGUGGACACGGGAAGCUCAGUCAAUAUAAUGUACGAGUAACAUUCCAAGACCUCGGCUUGAACCGCAAGGACUUGAGGCCUAUGCGCACUCCUCUCUCCGGAUUCACGGGGGACUCUAUCGAGGCCGAGGGAGUUAUCGCCGUAUCCGUGAUAGUAGGGGAUGGUGCGCACAAGGCGAAGCUGAAGAUGGAGUUUAUGGUUGUGAGCAUAGACUGUGCGCACAACAUGAUCCUGGGGCGGCCCGGCCUUGAGGACUUGGAAUGUGUGAUCUCCCCGUACUACUUAUGCAUGAAGUUCCCAACUCCGUCCGGCAUCGGGGUGGCUAGGGGAGACCAAAAGUUGGCCCGAUUGUGCUACGUAAGAAUCACGAAGAAGUUGCCGAGGGAUGAGACAAUGGUCGUACACGCGCAAGAGGGAAUGCGUAAACUGGAAGCUCGGCCUUCGGCUGAACCCAACGAUGAAGUCGAGGAAGUGCCGCUCGACCCACAAGUGCCCGAGCGGAAGGUUAAGGUCGGGGCGACCCUGACGACGAGCCAGCGGAUGCGUUUGGUGGAAGUGCUCGCCGCCUACCGCGUGAUCUUCGCGUGGGGACCUGGGGAUAUGCCGGGGGUGGACCCCAAGGUCAUAUGUCACCGCUUGGCGCGGCUGAGGCCCUAUUUCCAAGCUCACCCGGUCCAAGUACUUUCCCAACAGCCUAUAGGUGCGUUGCUCAGGAGUUCGAACGCACCCUCUCGCAUGUCCAAGUGGGCGGUGUUCCUUGGAGCCUUCCAGAUCAAGUUCAAGCCAAGGCCAGCGAUCAAGGGCCAAGCACUGGCCGACUUCAUGGUAGAGUGCACCGCCCGAGAAGAGCCGAACCCGGAACUUGAAGCCGACGGCUGGUGGACAGUUUUCACCGACGGCUCCUCCGCCGCCAAAAAUUCGGGGGGUGGAGUGGUAGUCAUCGCUCCCGAAGGCUUCAGAGCAUAUUACUCAAUCCGAUUCGGCUUCAAGGCAUCAAAUAAUGAGGCGGAGUAUGAAGCGCUCUUGUGCGGGUUACGUCUGGCAGCCGGGAUGAACGCGACGAAGCUAAGGAUAAAGUGUGAUUCGAAGCUGGUGGUUGGCCAUGUGUCGGGAGAGUUCGAAGCGAAGGACGAAAGAAUGAAAAAAUACAGAGAUACGGCCCUAGAACUACUUAAAAGUUUCACCGCGUAUAGUGUCGAGCAGAUCCCUCAGGCGGAGAACGCCGAGGCGGAUAUCUUGUCGAAGCUGAGCUCAGACACGCCCGAGCACAUCAGGCGAAUGGCGAAUGUGGAAGAACUUUCCGAGCUGAGCAUCCACGCUUUCCCCGUGGCAAUGAUCUGUGCUCAACCCAGAGAUUGGACGGACGACAUAGUCGCCUUCCUAAAGGAUGGCACCCUCCCAGACGAAUCGAUGAAGGCCAAGUUGGUCCGGACAAGGGCACCGGGAUAUACCUUGGAAGGCGAGAAGCUAUACAAGCGAGCAUACAACGGGACGCUACUCAGGUGCCUCCGACCAGCCGAAGCAAAACAAGUCAUGGAGGAGGUGCACGCCGGAAUCUGCUCCGCCCACCAAGGAGCGUACGCGGUAUCAAGAAAGAUAACCCUUCAAGGAUAUUUUUGGCCAACAAUUGUUAAGGAUUGCGCGGAGUUCGUAAAGAAGUGUAAAGUGUGUCAAGAGUUCCAGAAGGUACCAGGGAGGCCUUCAACCAACUACACCCCCAUCAGCACAGCCAUCCCNGUCCGGACAAGGGCACCGGGGUAUACCUUGGAAGGCGAGAAGCUAUACAAGCGAGCAUACAACGGGACGCUACUCAGGUGCCUCCGACCAGCCGAAGCAAAACAAGUCAUGGAGGAGGUGCACGCCGGAAUCUGCUCCGCCCACCAAGGAGCGUACGCGGUAUCAAGAAAGAUAACCCUUCAAGGAUAUUUUUGGCCAACAAUUGUUAAGGAUUGCGCGGAGUUCGUAAAGAAGUGUAAAGUGUGUCAAGAGUUCCAGAAGGUACCAGGGAGGCCUUCAACCAACUACACCCCCAUCAGCACAGCCAUCCCGUUCGCGCGGUGGGGGCUGGAUCUCGUGGGUGCACUCCCUAGGGGCACCGGGAACGUGAGGUACGUCAUCGUAGCCAUUGACUAUUUUACUAAGUGGGUGGAAGCAGCCCCAUUAGCCAGUAUCACCGGAGCUCAAUGCCAGAAGUUUCUCGCAAAGCAAGUCAUCUGCCGCUUCGGCGUUCCCGAGCACAUAAUCACGGAAAAUGGGACACAAUUUGAGUCCAAGCCCUUUAAUGACUUCCUUGGGAGCUGGGGGAUCAAGCACAGCUAUGCGUCGGUUGGGUACCGACAGACGAACGGCCAGGUCGAGAACGCCAACCAAACGAUAGUCGACGGGCUGAAGCGGAAGUUGGAGGCCUGCGGAGGGGAGUGGGCAGAAGAGUUGCCGUACAUCCUAUGGACCUACCGGACCACGCCUAGAAGGGCGACCGGAGAAACCCCCUUCGCCUUAUGCUACGGAUUCGAGGCGAGGGCACCUGCAGAAAUCUCCAUCGCAACCCACCGGGAGGAGAUCUUCGACCCCGAGCGUAACGAAGAAGCCCUGGCAGCCGAGCUCCAUCUCGUGCACGAGAGACGAGAAGCGGCCUUCAUACGAGCGGAGAAUUACCGAAGGAAGGUAAAGAGCUACCAUGACGGGCGUGUGCGCGCACGGGGGUUCAUCGAAGGAGAGUGGGUGCUGCGCAAGAGGUCCGUGAGCCGCCCCCUGGAAGGCCCGAGAAAGGGAACCCGCAACACCAUGAUUGAAUUCAAUGAAAUGGAAUUUUUUGCAAUGGUCCAACAUGCGUGUCCGGAUGCUCUUCCCGGACAAAGGCCUAACCCGCGUGUUCGGCGCUACUCCUCAGUAGAAGAGCCGAGUGCAGACCAUGUCCGGAUGCUCUUCCCGGAUGAAGGUCUAACCUUCGUGCUCGGCACUCCCCCUCAGGAGAAGAGCCGAGCACGGGCCAUGUCUAACCUUCGUUCUCGGCACUCCCCCUCAGGAGAAGAGCCGAGCACGGGCCAUGUCCGGAUGCUCUUCCCGGAUAAAGGCCUAACCUGCGUAUUCGGCACUACUGCUAAGUAGAAGAGCCGAGCGCAGACCAUGUCCGGAUGCUCUUCCCGGAUGAAGGUCUAACCUUCGUGCUCGGCACUCCCCCUCAGGAGAAGAGCCAAGCACAGGCCAUGUCCGGAUGCUCUUCCCGGAUAAAGGCCUAACCUGUGU